UUUAGUAUUUGGAGAGAGAGAGAGAAUAAUGGGUAGUGGAAGAAGAACAUGGAGCUUAGUACCGUGCCUGUUUUUGUUGAUUCUGUCGAGAGUUUUAAGUUAUGAAUACAAGGUUGGAGAUUUAGAUGCUUGGAACAUACCAUCUCCUUCAAAUCCAAAUGUGUAUACAUACUGGGCAAACAACCACAAUUUAACCAUUGGUGAUUCUCUCUUGUUUCUAUACCCACCAAGCCAAGAUUCAGUUAUCCAAGUGAAUGGGCAGUCAUAUAACAGCUGCAGCAUUAAAGAUCCAAUCUUGCUUAUGAACGAUGGUAACUCCCUCUUCAACAUAACUAAAGAUGGAGUCUUUUACUUCACCAGCGGUGUCUCCGGCCACUGUGAGAAGCACCAGAAGCUUCGGAUCUCUGUCGGUGGAAAUGGGUCUUUCUCAGAUGAUCCGGCAGCUCCUUCUCCCUCUUACCCAACUGUUUUUGGAUCCAUCCCAAUGGCUCCUUCCUCCCCACUUACAUCCUCCUCCUCCGCCGCCGCCACAUCAUCCUCUUCAUGGCUUAUAUUGUCAGCUGCCAUAGCCUGUUUGACCCUGACCCGAUAGAUGGCCCUGGUUCGUGGUGAUUAAGGGUAGUAUGGACAUUUCACUUUCCAAUGAUAUUUUAUAUUCAAUUUGAUUUUUCCUAGGAUGUUGUCUUUGUUACUCUGUCUGUCUCUGUAGAGGAGCAUAAGAUUCUAUUUAUUUUUCUGGAAUUGGAAGUUGAGCCUUGUUCUAUAAUAAAUAAUGUUUGUA